AUGGUGGAAGAGAAUUCUAACGGGCAGGAGAAAAUAGAGCCAUCCAACAAUGGGACUCAACAACCCUCCAAGGAUGAGAAACCAGCGAACACUCAGGCGAAACAUGAAGAAGAAGAACUGUCUGAGGAAGACUUGAAGUUAAAAACCGAUCUCGAAAUCCUAGUUCAAAGACUGACAGAAGAUGAUCAAAAGCUUUAUGAGCCUUCUUUGGAGCAAUUGAAAGAGUACAUCAAAAACUCCACGAGCUCCAUGACCGCUGUUCCAAAGCCCUUGAAGUUUUUACGUCCAUCUUAUCCACAACUAUGCUCCAUCUAUGACAAAUGGACAGAUAAAAAGCUCAAAUCUUUGCUGGCUGAUACAUUGUCAGUUUUAGGUAUGACUUAUGCUGAUGAAGGUAAGCAUGACUCUUUAAGAUUUAGAUUAUUAUCUGACGAAAAGAACAUCGAAAGUUGGGGACACGAGUAUAUCCGUCACCUAGCGCUAGAAAUAGGUGAUGUUUUCAAUGAAAUGGAGGAGAAAGAGGCCAGUGACUCGUCAGAAGCUUCUCCACAACCAUCGCCACAAGAAGCCAAUUCUUCGUUCGAGUUUUCGAAGGAAGACUUAAUCCAGUUGUCUUUGGAAAUAGUGCCAUACUUUUUGAAACACAAUGGAGAAGCAGAUGCUGUAGAUUUAUUACUUGAGAUAGAAUCUAUCGAGAAGCUACCUCAAUUUGUUGAUGAAAAUACUUUCCAGAGAGUUUGCCAGUAUAUGGUCGCUUGCGUGCCUCUACUACCACCACCGGAUGAUGUUUUUUUCCUCCAAACUGCAUAUUCAAUCUAUUUGAGAGAAUCACAAUUAACAGAAGCACUUGCACUGGCAAUUCGGUUGGGGGAUGAAACUUUGAUAAGAUCAGUGUUCGAUGCAACCUCUGAUAAAGUCAUGCAUAAACAAUUGGCGUACAUUCUAGCUGUCCAAAAAUCAUCUUUUGAAUAUGAAGACGUGCAAGAUAUCAUUGGAAAUACCAAGCUUUCUGAACACUUCUUGUAUUUGGCUAAAGAACUAAAUUUAACGGUUCCUAAAGUUCCUGAAGAUAUUUACAAAAGUCAUCUCGAUAACUCCUCUAAAAGUGUCUUUGCUGGAACUGGAUUAGAUUCCGCUCAACAAAACCUUGCAGCGUCUUUCGUCAACGGAUUCUUGAACAUGGGCUACUGCAGCGAUAAAUUAAUUGUCGGUGACGACAACUGGGUUUACAAAACUAAAGGCGAUGGUAUGACUUCCACAGUAGCAAGUAUCGGCUCAAUUUUUCAAUGGAAUUUGGAUGGUUUACAACAAUUAGACAAAUAUCUAUAUGUCGAAGAGCCGGAGAUUAAAGCUGGUGCCCUAUUAGGUAUCGGUAUAUCUGCAUGCGGAGUUCACGAUGGAGAUGUUGAGCCAGCUCUACUCUUACUCCAGGAUUAUGUCACCAACUCCAAUACUAAAUUGAGCAAUAGUGCUAUCUUGGGUCUCGGAAUAGCGUUCGCUGGAAGUCGAAAUGAUGAGCUUCUUGGUCUUCUACUUCCAAUUGCAGCAGACACAAGCUUGCCUAUCGAGAGUUCUGCGAUGGCAUCCCUGGCUCUUGCACAUGCUUUUGUUGGAACCUGUAACGGCGAUAUUACUACCGCUAUUGUCGAUAAUUUAUUGGAACGUAGUGCCACGGAGUUGAAGACUGAGUGGACAAGAUUUUUAACUUUGGCGCUAGGUAUCUUAUACAUGGGCCAAGGUGAUCAGGUAGAAGAUGUAUUGGAGACAAUUUCAGCAAUUGAACAUCCCAUUACUUCUGCUAUAGAAGUAUUGAUCAAUGUUUGCGCAUACACAGGAACUGGUGAUGUUUUAUUGAUCCAGGACUUACUUCAUAGACUAACUCCAAAGAAUAAAGCUGGUGAAGAAAAAGAAGAGGACGAUGAGGAGGAGUUGGCAGUGGAUGGUGAGGCUAUGGAAGCUCUGGGUUUGGAUAACAUUCAAACUGACGAGAAUCAAGAUACCUCGGGAGCUACACAUAAAGACUCAGAGGACCAAAUGGAAGUGGAUGAAGAAUUCAAAGAUGCCAAAAGCACCGUUGAGGAGGUUGAAGCCGAGAAAGAAGAGCCAGAAAAAGAGGAAGAUGAAAAGGAAGUCGCGUUGGUAGAUGAACUUACCUAUGCCGUCCUUGGUAUUGCCAUGAUUGCCAUGGGCGAGGAUAUUGGAAAGGAGAUGUGCUUGCGUCAUUUCAGUCACCUAAUGCACUAUGGUAACGAGCACAUUCGUAAGACAGUACCAUUAGCUAUGGGUCUGUUGUCUGUAUCAGAUCCUCAAAUGAAAAUAUUUGAUACACUUUCAAGAUUCUCCCAUGAUGCUGAUUUAGACGUCUCUAUGAAUUCCAUUUUUGCUAUGGGUCUCUGUGGUUGUGGUACAAACAACGCCAGACUAGCGCAAUUGUUGAGACAGCUAGCAGGCUACUAUUCACGUGAACAAAAUGCUCUCUUCAUUACGAGACUAUCACAAGGUCUAGUUCAUCUCGGUAAAGGUACAUUAACUUUGGACGUGUUCAAUGAUGCGCAGGUUCUAAACAAAGUCACCUUGGCUUCCCUAUUAACGGUGCUGGUUGGUCUUGUAACUCCAUCUUUCAUGUUAAAACACCACUAUUUGUUUUACUAUUUGAAUAGCGGUGUAAGGCCUAAAUUUAUUUUGACACUGAAUGAAGAGGGCGAACCGAUCAAGGUGAACGUUAGAGUCGGGCAGGCUGUGGAUACCGUAGGACAGGCCGGUAAACCUAAGACCAUCACGGGAUGGAUUACACAUUCCACUCCAGUGUUAUUAGGUCAUGGAGAGAGAGCAGAACUAGAAACUGACGAAUACAUCAAUUACGCUAGUAGGGUUGAAGGUGUUAUAAUUUUAAGAAAAAACCCAAACUACAGAGAAGAGGAAUGA